CUCCUCUUCAGGAGGAUAAAUAGAAGCUGUACAUGAGUUUAAUCUGUGUCUGUGUCUGCAGCAGUGAACAACAUGGUGCGCUCUGUCCUCUGCCUCCUGACUGUGGCCCUGGCCUUUGUGCCUCUGCUCUCUGCUGUGGAAGUGGAUUCAGAGAAACCUGGAGUCUGUCCCAAGCCCAGGCCAGACAUUGACCCAAAAGUCGCCUCUUGUCUGAACGAGUGCUCCUCAGACAGUCAAUGUGAGGGAAACCUGAAGUGCUGCUUCAACGGCUGUGGACAUGUUUGUGAAAAGCCAAGAGAAUCCAAACCAGGAUCCUGCCCUGACACAAUCCCUUUUUUCACCACAUGUAAAAAGGAAUGCACUGAUGACAGUCAGUGUCCUGAGAACCUCAAAUGCUGCUUCAGCAGCUGUGGACUCCAGUGUAUCCCCCCUGAACAUGGCAACAGUCCACAAUGAUGGUCAGAAUCAUUUUGGAAAUCUUGAAUCACUUUAUCCUCUAAGCCUGCUUGUCAUGAAAUGAUUCAACUCUGGCUCUUUGACACUGAAAUUGUGCAGCUACAGUAAAUUAUCAAGGAGACCAUGAAAUGGUUGCAGUAACAUUUUGAUGCAUGUCAUGUGCUCCCAUUUUCGGUUUUAAUAAAUGAAUCCAAACAGUU